AUGGCUACAACUUGCAUGGCACGGACCAGAAUGAAUGACGCUGGUUCAAUCCCAACACAUGCAUGUGAUUUUAAUAGUUGUAAUGGGGAAGCUGAGGCUGGUUUUGACGAGUGUAAUCUUCAGAAUAUUCGUCGCGUUAAUCGUUAUGAAUUUUGUAUUGAUCAACGUAAUACACUCCUUCGUAGUUGUCUUGAUGUUCGUAUGCAUGAUUGUAUUAAUAUUGGCAAAUAA